GUAACAAUUGCGAUUCUCGACUCUGGCGUUGAUCCCAUGGCAAAAGGAUUAGAGUUCCUGGAGGUGGCGUAAAGGUAAUCGAGCGGUACGACUGUUCCGGGUGUGGCGAUGUGGAUAUGAGCAAAGAGGUGACCGCCGGCGAAGACGGGACGCUGCAAGGAUUGUCAGGCCGAACACUUAAAUUGUCUUCGACUAUGAUGGCGAAAAACGUGGCUGGAAUGGAGUUUCGAGUUGGUCUGAAGAGUAUGCACGAUCUAUGUCCGUCUCGUAUUCGCGAACGCAUCAUGAACGAUCUGAAAGUGAAAACGUGGGACGAUCCGCAUAAAACGGCAUAUAGUGCUGCUUGCCGCGAGUUAACCGAAUUUGAUGCCGCGAACCCCUCGCCAACCGCUCUCAGUGGGAAGGAAAAGCUGAUGAAGGAGAAUCUGGAAUGCACGAUGGAGUUUUUGAGUGCAUGCGAGAAAAAAUUUAUUGACUUCAAAACGUCAUAUGAUUGCGUGCUGUUUCCUACAAAAGAAGGCUGGAUGGCUGUGAUCGAUACAACCGAGAGAGGUGAUUUGGAAAAUGCAAUACACGUUCUUGAGUAUAGCCAAUCUCACCAGAUGGUCAACCUGGAUGAUUACCUCUCGAUUUCGAUCAAUGUUCACGACAAGGGCAAUGUUCUGGAGAUCGUUGGUGUUUGCUCAAGUCACGGGACUCAUGUUGCGUCAAUUGCUAGUGGAUAUCAUCCUGAUAAUCCCGAGUUAAACGGAGUCGCGCCGGCAGCUCGCAUCAUUUCGUUGACGAUUGGCGAUGGACGAUUGGAAACGAUGGAAACCGGUACUGCCUUGGUGCGAGCAAUAAUCAAAGUGGCCGAACUAUGCGAAGCGGGCCGUCGGGUUGAUGUGAUAAACAUGAGCUACGGAGAGCAUGGACAUUGGUCGAACUCGGGCCGUGUAGGAGAGCUGAUGACUGAACUGGUGAACCGUUACGGUGUGGUUUGGGUAUCUUCGGUCGGCAAUCAUGGGCCAGCCCUCUGUACCAUUGGAACACCCCCUGACAUAAGCCAACCAAGCUGUGUCGGUGUUGGAGCGUACUUUUCUCCCGAAAUGAUGGAAGCCGAAUACACGCUGCACCAAAAACUGCCUGGCAACGUGUACACGUGGUCUUCCCGUGACCCCUGCAUCGAUGGUGGGUUUGGAGUGACAAUUUGUGCUCCAGGGGCUGCGAUUGCCUCUGUUCCUCAGUUUACAAUGUGUAAAGCACAACUCAUGAAUGGAACCAGCAUGUCCGCCCCACAUGUUGCCGGAGCAGUUGGGUUGUUAAUUUCGGGGUUGAAGCAAAAAUCGGUUCCUUAUACCGCGUUCAGCAUCAAACGGGCGCUUUGGAAUACAGCUACCAAACUCGACUACGUGGACAAAUUUGCUCAAGGCAAUGGCUUGUUGAACGUAGAAAAAGCAUUUGAUCAUUUAACAACGUACUGUGAAUUAUUGGAGAACAAGAUUCGUUUUGCAGUUACAGUUGGUAAUAGCAACGCGAAAGGUAUCCACCUGCGACACGGUGUUCUAACGAAGGUGGAGGAAUAUUCUGUGAACAUUGAACCAAUCUUUUUCAAUGAAAAAUUUGCUGAACCAAGAGAUAAGAUCAAUUUCAAUAUACGGUUUACGUUGAUUCCAACUGAACCGUGGAUUAACUGUGGUAACUAUCUUGAUCUUUGUUACUCAGCCCGAAAGAUUGUGGUAAAGGUGGACCCAACAGGCCUUGCACCCGGUGUUUAUAGAGCAAGUGUGAAAGCAUAUGAUUCAACCUGUCCGGAGAAAGGCGUGCUUUUUGAAAUCCCUGUGACCGUUGUGCAACCGCACGUAGUAGACCCGAAAACCAAUGAAUUCGUGCGUCGUGAUCCGCCCCUCGAAUGCAGACCGAACACUAUCAUCCGAGAAUUUCUGCUUGUACCGAAAUACGCUACGUGGGCCAUUGUUGAAAUGAUUUCGGCUGAUCCGAGUGACGCCGUGGGGGGCAAAUUCUUUCUCCACACGUUGCAAGUGCUCCCUCAGAAGUAUUGCAAAGCGAUGGAAUUGCAAAAAAUUCUACCGGUUAACGGAAUGGCGCCUACUAUUCAACCGGUGAAAGUUGUGGAAGAUCACAUUUUAGAAGUGUGCAUUGCGAAGUAUUGGUCAAACUUUGGACGCCUGCUGUUACGGUAUUCAGUGAAGUUCCAUGGCAUUAGUCCCCUAAAUGGAUCUAUUAUGCACAGUGCAGGUGGCAUUCACCGUAUUGAUCUGACAGCCUUGGUCAGUGAAGAAGUGCAACCGAUCGUUUCACUAAAAACGGCCGCUAUGGUACUGAAGCCGAUCGAAUCAAAAGUAAUGCCUUUGACCAGCCGUGAUGUUAUCUAUCCUGCACGUCAAAUCUACCAAAAUGUGCUCUCGUAUCAUCUGCACUUGGCUAAGAACUAUGAAGUUGCGCUUUACACACCUCUUUUCAGCAACAUUCUGUACGAGAGCGAAUUUGAAUCUCAGUUCUGGAUGGUGUUCGAUGCAAACAAACAAAUGGUCCGUUGUGGAGAUGCGUAUUCCAACGAAAAGUACGAAAAACUUGUAAAAGGCGACUACACAGUUCGCCUUCAGUUGCGUCACGAGAAACGCGAGCUGUUAGAAAAGCUCAACGAAGCAAACAUUGUGGUCAAUUUUAAGUUGCCUAACAACUUGUCGGUCGACGUGUACAAAUCAUAUAAUCAGGUGCUGUCCGGUGGUAAAAAACUCACUAAUUAUUUACUACCGACCGGUGUCUGUCGUCCUAUUUACCUCGCGCCUAUAAGCAGUGAAAAGCUCCAAAAAGCUUCAAUUCCACCGUAUUGUUCAUGGCUUGAGGGUCAUAUUCUCUACGCCAAAGAAGAGUUUGUUAAGAAGUGUGUUUCGCACAAUUUUCGGUACUUGCUUAUUGAAGGUCAGCCACAAAAGAAAAAUGUGAGCUCUGUAGGAGGUGUAGUUGGAGGUAAUGCCGCAACACCCAACGGAACCAACAUUUCCAUCACUGCCUCCCCAUCAACUAGCAACGGAAACUCUACAAACGCUACUUCAAGCGAUAGUGGGGCUGGUGGACCUAAAGAAAACAAAACAAGGUGGGAUGAAUACUGUGAAGGUUUGCGCGACUUUCAAACGGGUCUUAUAUCGAAAAUGGAUGAUGAGAAUGCGAACAAUUUAUACCGAACCGUGCUAAAAGAAAAUCCGGACCACCUACCUGCUCAUUUGGCGAUGGUGGACAGUAUUGAGGGAGGUGAAAAAAUGCCUAACCUUCCACACGCAUUCAAAGGUUCGUUGGAUCCAAGCGAUCAGGCCGCGGCGACCGUCCUAAAGGUUAAACUAUUGCAUAUCAUCCAAUUGAGCGGCCUCGUUCUGAAGGGGAUCGAUCAGAACGCUUUACUGGCAUACUACGGUAUUAAGGUCGACAAUCGCCAUAAUGCGUCGAAAAUUAAGAUACAAAUGGAUAAACAAAAGCAACUUCUUCUGGAUGCGUGUCAAAGAAAGUUCAUAGCCCUUUGUAAACUUAAUGAGAUACAAAAACUUUUCGAUGCGCAAGAUCCUAGCCAACCAAACUACGAAGAAGAAUUGGAACAAUUGUAUGGUGACGUUGGCAAGUUUAUUGAAUACAUCGAUUCGAAGGUGUUACUGUUAUCAGUCUGGCAUGCAUUUUACAUGAAACAUCACGGACGUAUGCUCAAGUAUUUGCACAAAUUGUACGAAGAGAAACUAAGUCGCGAUGUCCUGGAGGAAACACUAGCUGUGGUCAACUGUAAGAAGUGGAAUCACGUCAGCAAGCUGCUGUCGAAAAUAAUUGUUUCGUCCCACCCUCAGGGAUAUCGUCCGUUCUAAGAAGAGAAGAGAUUUUGUGCGUAUUACUGUGUUGCAGUAAACCAUUGCUCGAUGCCUUGCAAGACACGUUUGUAGAAAAAAUAAUACUUUAUUUUUAUUGAGUUGGAUACAAUCAACGUUCUUUCACUGUUUUCGUUGCCUUACUUUAAUGACUUUGGACUGUGGGGGAGAUUGCCAAAUUUGUAUUACCUGAGUAAUUAAAAUAAAGAAAAAAAUGGAAGUAAAUCUACUGCAAAGGGUUGGCCCAGCAGGAGUCAAUAAGUGGUUACAAGCGAAAAGUUGAAAAGUAAAUGCAUGUGAGGCAAACAAUAAAAUUC